AUGUCUGUCGUGCGGAUUGUUCAUUCGAGCGUGCACACGAAACACAAGCCUCUGCGGCCGCCGAUGCUCGUGCUGCGGCCGUGCGAGGUCGAAGACGUGAGCACGCACAGCUCGAGCGAGCACAGUGUGCCUGCGGCCGUGCUAGGCCAUGGCGGCGAAGUGGAGCGGUACGUGUAUGUAGCACGCACACUCAGUCCGGGACGACGUGCGAUCCAGCAGGGGGACGGGGACGUGCCGCGCGAGCUUUGGACGCGUCCGUUGCCGCUGGAGCCCGAGGCGCCGCCAUUGCGGCGCAGCUGUUCUCACGGCACGCUAGCUGCCGCAUCGCACGCGCCCUCAGAACGUGUGCGCACGCCAUCGUCGCAGGAUGUGCUCGAUGAGUGGCGCAAGGCUUUUAGCGCCUACACACCUCCGCCACCUGUCGCGCCAGCACCGCCGACGCGCGCGCCGCCGAGCGCGCCGCCAUCCCCCGUAGCUGUGCCUCCUACGCCGCCACCGCGCGCACCGCGCCUCUUUCGACCGCGGCCGUCUCAGCCGCCCGAGGCGUCCGUGCGCGACCCUGGGUCGUGGUGGCAGCGGCCGUGGUCCCAGCGGCUGCGUCGGCAUAUUUCCUCGAUUCAUCUGGGGUUCGGCGGCCAGGGACGUCCGGCCUCGAACGGCUCGCACCAUGCGGAGCGAUGA